CAGACAUUUUGUAUUUAACUCCCUCUAGCUGUAAAAAAAUAUAAUAAACAAUUCUGAUUUCUGUCAAAAUAAAUUGGAUUAACAAAUAAAAAAAAAGCCGAAAAUAUUAUCAGGCCAACGUGUAACACCUGGGGGCAGAUGUUAAUGUUUAUGUCAUCACUGACUUUAGAGGAUAAAAAAAAUUGGUGAUAUUAGAAUAAAACGUUAUUAGCUAAUAAUUAAUUGAGAGAGAAUCAACAAAUAUUUAAGAUGGAUCCAAUGUCAUCGGGUAUGCCAGGAAUACAAGGAGAAAAUUUAGAUAUGUUUUCUGCCACGUAUGACAUGGAUCCCCAACAUGUCGAGGGUGAUAUGACUGUUGAAAAUGCAAGGCAAAGAGCGAAUCUUGGUGAACCUGAUUUUAACACUCUUGAUGAACCUAUCAGAGACACAAUUAUGAGAGAUGUUCGUGCUGUUGGAAAUAAAUUUUAUCAUGUUUUAUAUCCUAAAGACUCUAAAAGUAUACUCAAAGAAUGGGAUCUUUGGGGCCCACUUGUGCUCUGCACAUUUAUGGCAUUGGUGUUGAAAGGAGAUGACUCAAUAAAUAAUGUAAAUGAUGGUGGUCCUGAAUUUGCUGAAGUUUUUGUAAUUGUAUGGAUUGGAUCAAUAGUUGUUACACUCAACUCAAAAUUACUUGGUGGCAAUAUAUCAUUCUUUCAAAGUGUCUGUGUACUUGGAUACUGUUUACUUCCAACAACAAUUGCUCUAAUUGUUUGUCGAAUUAUAUUAUUUUUUUCUCAAGGAACAAUUUUAUUUAUUCUGAGAUUUAUUGUAACGUCAAUAGGUUUUGCCUGGGCAACUUAUGCAUCGAUGAUAUUUCUUGGUGAGAGCCAACCACCAGAAAGAAAAGCACUUGCAGUGUAUCCAAUAUUUUUAUUUUACAUCGUAAUAUCGUGGCUCAUUAUAUCUCAUAAUAAGUGAUAGUAUUUCAUAAAUAAUAAUAAUAUUGCCUCGAAGUUGAAUGACUUGAUCUAGUUUAUUAAUAAAAGCACAAAAAUAAUAAAUUAAUUUUAUCAACGAGUGAAUGUGGCUAUUGAAUUUAAGGCCAAUUAGUUGAAAUUUUUUGUUUAUUUUUUUUUUUUCGAAAUUGUAUUAUCUAUUGUUAAUUAAAAAUACAAACAAACAAUUCUUAUAUAUUUUCAAUAAAUGAAAAAUAAAAUAAGUUGUAUAAUUUAAAUUUUCAUUAUGAAAAUAUUGUACUGAGAUAAAAUAUGAUUCUUUUUUUUUUUCUUUUAAUGUAUCAUUCCAUUUGUCAAUUAAAAAUGUUUGUGGAGUAUUUUAUUCUAUGUCAGUGUUUUUUAAAUGAAAUAAUUUAUAUAUUUAAAAGAAAAACAAAAUCAAGAUAAAAACAAAUAUUCUUUUAAGUAUAAUCUAAAAGUUUCAAUUAAUUUUUUUACCUUUAAAUAUUUGCCAUAAAGACACACUUAAUUAGUCGAGUAAUAAAAUUCAUAAAAACAAUUUAAAUAAAAAAAAAAAGAAGAUAAAUGUUUUGCGUACAUUUAUAUCAAGUUUUUAAUUAUUAUUAUUACUAUUUGGUAUUAAUGUAAAUUGUAUAUAAUAAUUAUAAAUUAUGUAUAAAUUAAAAAAAAAAAAAUUAUCAAAGUUAAAAAUAAAUUAAAUAUUAUGAAUAAAAAAAG